AUGCGUACUGAAGGUUUAAAAGAACGAGAAGAAAAUGAACCUGUUCUUGAUGAAGAUACAAAUAUAAUUGAAAGUGAAACAACAAUUGUUGGUAGGUAUUUUUCUUUUAAUGAACAAGAUAUGAAAGAUGAAAUUUUAGAAAAUAUUAAAUCAACAAUGAAAUGGCAUCGUCGAUUUGAAUCUGAAAUGAAUUUACCAAAGAAUAGUGUUUCAUAUAUAUAUUCAUCUGGUGAAAAUGCAUUUAAUGAAAAUCAUUCAUUUGAAUUAAGUGAACAUAAUUAUGUUAAUUAUCAACAACAAAAAAUGAGAGCAUUUAAUCUUGAUUCAAAUUUUAUUCUUAUUCAUCGAAAACCAAUGUCUAAUAUAAAUUUCGAUACAGAUCUUAUUCAAAUAGCAAAAGUUGAUGUUUUUGUUGAUAAUCAAAGUGAAGCAAAACUGAGCACAACUAGUAUUGGAACAGAUUCAUUAGGUCCGUGCGUGUGUUUUAUCAUUGAUUUUAUUUUUGAAACAGAACAAACUUGCAUUCUCCAUCACUAUACAUUUCAUAAAGAUGAAAAAGGAAUGCCACAAGUAAAAAUAAUUCGAUGGUUGUUGAACUUUAUAUUUGACCUGCUUAAAGAUUUUCUCGGCAUUAAUUCAAUGAUGGAUGAAUUCAAUGAACCAUGCAUUAAAAAUAUGUUUGUAUUAGUAACUGGUGGUGAUCUAAAUGAAGGUAUUAAUAUUCGACAAGCUUGUUUUAAUGUGUUUAACAAUCUAGUUGAUAUUAAUGAUGAAGAUUUCGUCGAUAAUGAUCUUUUGUAUCUCUAUCAACAACUUAAAAAUCGAAUAAUAAUGAUAAAACCCGUACUGAUGAUACCUGGAAGUGAAGAAGGAUCUGAUGAUGAUGAAGUUGAGAAUACUGAUGAUUAUUCAAGUCUAUGGAUCAAUUAUUGUUCUCAAUUGAAAAUUGCUUCAAUGGGAAUUUUUUGGACAUCUGUUUCUGGAAAGUUUAACAUUGCAAUAACAAAUCUCAAUGUUAAAUCAAUAAGCAAAUCGCAAUCACAAUGGAAAUUUCAGUCGACAAGCAUUGAGAAUUUUAAGAGAUCAUGUACACCUGAAGAAUUUGAACAAUUUAAUAGAGCACUUUCAUUUAUUCCAGAUGAUGUUGUAUUUGAAUUAUCAAAAUCAAUCACAGAAUCUCCAAUAUCAGCAACAACAACUGAAACAGAAAUUGUAUUACCAACUGACGAACAAGAAAGUGUUACGGAUACAAAUACAACUGUACUUCCAACAAGUCUUUCACUUGGUCGAGUUAAUAAUGUAUCAUUAAAAGAAGUAAAUGAAUGUGAAAAAGAAGAAUCAGCAGUAAUUGCAAAUGAUACAGAAAAUGAUCUUAGUAAAAAAAGUGAACUUGAACUUGAACAUGAAGAUGAACCAACAAAAGAAACGACAAAUGAUAAUGAAGAACGAAAUGAUGUAGAUCAAACGAAAAAAAUAAAAUAA